UGUUGGUCUUUUAAGAGUCGAUGUUCUUUUUUUUCCAGUUGCACGUUACCUUUCUUUGUGAAUCAUUAUUCACCAUAGAAUCAAAGUUAAAUCAUAAUUUCAAUGGUACUCUGUUAAUACAAUUAUAACUGAAGGGUUCACUAUACAUAUAUGUUCUCUUUUUCAAAACAUUUUGUUUUAUCAUUGUAUUUUCCUGUCUCAAAACAUUUUGUUUGUAAUUGUAUUUCCCUGUAACAACAUAUUUUCUUUGUAAUUUUAUUACUUUGUUGGUAUGCUUUUAUGUUUGUUUGUAUGUUUUUAGCUCACCUGUCACGAAGUGACAUGGUGAGCUUAUGUGACCGUGUGAUGUCCGGCGUCCGUUGUGCGUGCGUGCGUGUGUAGACAGUAGAGGUCACAGUAUUCAUCCAAUCUUUAUGAAAUUUGGUCAGAAUGUUUAUCUUGAUGAAAUCUGGGUUGGGAUUGUAUUUGGGUCAUCUGGGGUCAAAAACUAGGUCACUAGGUCAAAUGAUAGAAAAAUCUUGUGUAGACUAUAGAGGUCACAGUUUUCAUCCAAUCUUUAUGAAAUUUGGUCAGAAUGUUUAUCUUGAUAAAAUCUGGGUUGGGAUUGUAUUUGGGUCAUCUGGGGUCAAAAACUAGGUCACUAGGUCAAAUAAUAGAAAAACCUUGUGUAGACAAUAGAGGUCACAGUUUUCAUCCAAUCUUUAUGAAAUUUGGUCAGAAUGUUUAUCUUGAUGAAAUCUGGGUUGGGAUUGUAUUUGGGUCAUCUGGGGUCAAAAACUAGGUCACUAGGUCAAAUAAUAGAAAAACCUUGUGUAGACAUUAGAGAUCACAGUUUUCAUCCAACCUUUAUGAAAUUUGGUCAGAAUUCUUGAUGAAAUCUGGGUGGGAUUGUAUUUGGGUCAUCUGGGGUAAAAAUCUAGGUCAAAUAAAUAGAAAAACCUUGUGUUGACAAUAGGUCACAGUUUUCAUCCAAUAUUUAUGAACUGUGGUCAGAAUGUUUAUCUUGGUGAAAUCUGGAUUGGGAUUGUAUUUGGGUCAUCUAGAGUCAGGAACUAGGUCACUAGGUCAAAUCAUAGAAAAACAUUGUGUAGACAAUAGAGGUCAUAGUUUUCAUCUGAUCUUAAUGAGUCAGGUGAGCGAUUCAGGGCCAUCAUGGCCUUCUUGUUUUGUUAUGCACACAUGAUUUUGAUUAUGGCCUUCUGCUACAAUGUAUGUUCAGGAUAUCAUGUGCUCAUGUAAUGUAAAUUUAUCAUAUGCUUAUUUUAUGAACAUGUGCUUGAGUUAUGAUGUAUGUACUUCUAUAAAUGGUUUGUUGUAAACUGUUUAUUUUUGUUAUGCACACAUGAUGAUUAUAGUAAUAAACAUAUUAAAGCUUUGUUUUUGUAGUUUCUUCUUUUACCCCUUUAGCCUAGACCUACAACAGGUGGUUCCUAAUGCUUUGCUAAAACUUUGGCUACAGUUUCUAAAAUUUGGCUACAAAAAAUUACAUUUGGCUAAAAUGUUGGCUAUAGAAAUUUUUGGGCCAGGGGGAGCCCUGAUCCUAUAUGGGUCAUCUGGGGUCAAAAAUUAGGUCACCGGGCCAAUGCUAGUAAAACCUUGUGUAGAUGAAAGAGGUUACAGUUUUCAUCACGUCUUAAUGAAAUUUUGUCAGAAUGUAUUAAUUAAUGAAAUCUGGCUUGGGAUUUAUAUGGGCUGAUAGAAUUUAAGUUGAUGUGGCAAGGUUAGUCAGGUGAGCGAUUCAGGGCCAUCAUGGCCUUCUUGUUUUGUUUGUCUGACUGAAGUUAGAAUGUAUUGUGUACUCUUUUUAUGUAUGUGUAGAAAUUUUUCUAGUAGAACCACGUUGCUUAUUUUAUAUCAUAAUUUAAAGGCAUGGGAUGAUUUGUGUUCAGUAAACAUUCUCUUACCAAAUGGCUAGUGAUCUGAAUAUUGUUUCCUUAAACUGCAGAGGAUUAAAUGGGAAGUUUAAGAGGCUAAAUUGUUUUACUUACUUAAAAGAAUUGAACGCAAAUAUAUAUUGUCUGCAGGAUACCCAUUUCACCCCUGAUAUGUACAGUACAAUUUAGUCAGAAUGGGGAUCUGAUUGCUUUUUAAGCUAUGGCUCAUCUUACUCUAGGGGAACAGCUAUUUUUAUAUCAAAUAACACAGACUAUAAAAUACUCAACUCUGUUGCUGAUCCUCAUGGUAAUUUUAUUGCACUUGACAUUUCUUUAAAUGGAUAUCGCUUUACAAUGCUUACUUUAUAUGGACCAAAUAUGGACUCACCUUCCUUUUUAUACGCCCGUUUUAAAAAAGCGGGACGUAUUAUAGUUUCACCUUGGCGGCGGGUGGCGUCCACAUCAGUGUCCGCUCUCUAAUUCAAAUAGUUUUCAUCCAAUCUUCACCAAACUUGGUCAAAAGUUUUAUCUAGAAAAUAUAUAGGUCAAGUUCAAAUAUGGGUUAUGCCGGGUCAAAAACUAGGUCACAGGGUCACUUAGUGCAUUUCAAGCAUUUAGCAUGGUGUCCGCUUUCUAAUUGAAGUAGUUUUUAUCCGAUCUUCACCAAACUUGGUCAGAAGUUGUAUCUGGACAAUAUCUAGGUCAAGUUCGAAUAUGAGUCAUGCCGGGUCAAAAACUAGAUCACGAGGUCACUUAGUGCAUUUCAAGCAUUUAGCAUUGUGUCCGCUCUCUAAUUGGAGUAGUUUUCAUCUGAUCUUCACCAAAUUUGGUCAGAAGUUGUGUCUAGAUGAUAUGUAGGUCAAGUUCAAAUAUGGGUCAUGGUAAAGUUAUCAAGUUGUCCAAAACCUUCAAACGGGCGUAUCUUGUGACAGUUUGGCACUCUUGUUUACUGAUAUUUUUGAAGUUAUUGAUAGACUUGAAAAUGAGGCUUUUAUUAUAUGUGGAGAUUUUAAUUUAUAGAUCCUGAAUUAGAUUACUUUAAUUAUAAAAAGAUUAAUAACCCUAAAGCUCAAAAUAUAGUGUUAGAAUCAAUUACAUGCUAUAAUCUCGUAGAUCCCUUUCGACAACAAAAUCAAUAAAAAAAAGAUUUACGUGGCGUAGAACAAACCCAAUACAACAGGCUAGGCUUGAUCUAUUUUUAACCACUUCAGAUUUCUUGCAGCACCUGAAAUCAACGGACGUUGUGCCGAGUCUCCAAUCUGACCACUCAAUAAUUACUUUAAAUUUAACUUUAAGUAAUUUUUGUCAUAAACCUGGUCUUUGGAAACAUAAUAACUCUCUGCUGUAUGUACAGGAAAUCAACAAAAAAAUUGAUGAAAUUAAAAUUCAAUAUGCUUUACCUUUUUACAAUUAUCAAAAUAUAAAGGACAUUCCUGACAGUGAUUUACAGUUUACAAUAAGUGAUCAACUUCUUUUAGAAACUCUGCUCAUGGAAUUAAGGGGCAAAUCAAUUUCAUAUGGGUCUUACGUAAAAAAGCAAUCAAAACUUACAGAAAGUAAACUAUUAACACGAAUUAAAGAGUUAGAAGAAAACUUUUCAGAUGAGACUAAAGAGCAAUUAGAAAAUUUAGAAUCUGAAAUAAAUAAUAUUAAGAGCACAAAUUUAAAAGGGAGCAUGAUAAGAUCAAAAUUUCAGUGGACCUUGCAGGGUGAAAAGCCAUCUAAAUAUUUCUGCAGUCAAGAAAAAAAAUAACGCAAUAUCCAAAACAAUAUACAAAUUGAAAAAUGAAGAUGGUAGUGAAAUUACAGAUCAAACAUGUAUCCUAAGUACCAUAGCAUCUUAUUAUCAUCACCUGUAUUCCAAAGGGUGAUAAAUCUAAACUUUUUAUACAAAAUUGGCGCCCAAUUACUCUUUUAAAUAUUAUUUAUACAAUUGCCUCUGGGGUAAUAGCUAACAGACUGAAAUUAUUCGUUAAUUCACAACGACCAGACUGGUUUCAUUAAAGGGAGAUACAUUGGAAAAAAUACCAGGUUAAUUUAUGAUAUUAUGCAUUAUACUGAGGAAAAUGAGAUCCCUGGAUUGCUUCUCCUAAUUGACUUUGAUAAGGCCUUCGAUUAAUUGUCAUGGUCCUUUGUGCAAAUACACUCUCCUUUAUUAAUUUCGGUUCAGACAUAAAACGUUGGUUUCAGAUUUUAUAUAAAGAUUCUAAAUCAGCUGUUUCUCAAUGUGGUUACUUAUCCGAUUUUUUUCCUAUUGAAAGAGGCUGCAGACAGCGAUACCCCCUCUCAUGUUAUAUUUUCAUCCUCUGCGCUGAAAUUGUGUCGCUUGCAUUUAGAGAUAACAAGAAUAUAAAAGGUUUAACCAUUAAUGGAACUGAACACAAAUUGUCCCAGUUUGCAGACAAUACUACAAUUUUAUUAGACGGUACUGAACAAUCCUUAAAUGAAACUCUCACUGUUAUUCAGGAUUUUGCAUUUAUAUCAGGUCUAAAUGUAAACUUUGAUAAAACAAACCUUGUAUGGAUUGGCAAGCACGAAUAUAGUUUUCAUACCAUUAAAAACUAAAUGGAAACUAAAUUGGAUUCAACACAGCUUUAAAAUGCUGGGAAUACAUUUCCAUGUUGACCUUUCAAAAAUGAUUAAAUUAAACUAUGAUGAAAAAAUUGUCAAAAUGGAAAAUAUUCUGAAAAACUGGAAAAGAAGAUUUUUAACACCAAUUGGAAAGAUUGUAAUUGUGAAAACACUUAUUGUGUCCUUAUUCAAUCACUUGUUCAUAUCAUUGCCUAACCCACCAGAUACCAUUCUUAACUCUAUAAAGUCUUCUAUUCUGAGUUUUAUUUGGGAUGGGCAUUGUAAAAUAAAGUUCCCAACAAUAGUAAAAGAUUAUAGUGAAGGAGGUUUAAAAAUGAUCAAUCUGGAUGCAUUUAUUCCAGCAUUGAAACUAACAUGGUUACAAAAAAUUCUAUCCUUUAGGGGAAAUUGGAUAGAAAUCACAAAACUUUAUUUUGAUACAUAUAAACUCUUAAAUUGCAGUUAUCAUUAUGCUUUAAAUAUAGCUAACAGAAUUUCUAACCCUUUUGGGGUAGAUGUUUUAAACAGCUUCUCACUUUAUUGUGGUAAAUUAGAAGUAAACACAGACGAAAUUUUGUAUUAUCCACUUUUUUACAAUCCAAAUAUUUUGAUAGGAAAUAAAAGUUUUUUCUUUAAGUCAUGGUUCCUAGCUGGAAUUCAUUGUAUAGGUGAUAUAUUCAAAAAUGGAACCUUUAUCUCUUGUGAUGACCUUAAUAAAAUGUACAAUUUGAACAUAAAUUUCAUUCAUUAUACAGGGGUGACAAGAGCGAUAGAUACUUUUUUGAAAAAAUGUCGUAUAUCUUGUCCUACCCUACAAAUUAUUAAACCCUUUUUACCACCAUUAUUUCAACUUGUACUGAAACAAGAAUCAGGUGCAAAACGACUAUACACCAUUCUAAAUAAAAAUAAUGAACAACCAACUGUUAAACAAAAAUGGUGUACAAAACUUAAUACCAUAAUUAAUGAAAAUUAAUGGAACUGCUUAUUUGAACUACCCUUUUUAAUAACCAAUGAUGUAAUGGUUCAGUGGUUCCAAUAUAGGCUAAUUCACAGGAUACUUGGAACAAGAAAUAUCUUUUAAAAAGAUAUACGGCGUAAAUAGUUUAAUGAAUGAGAUCAAGGAUAGCGAAUGUCUUUUUCUGUGCAGUUCUUAGCUGCAUCACACGCAGUACGGGAUGUUACGGGGAGUUUUCACAGCUUAUUUUACGUUAUAACAUAUUGCUGGUCAUAAACCUAUAGAUACAAAACAGAAAACCAAAAGAAGAAUGGAAGUGAAAUUUAAACAUAUGAGUCAACCGGCCACACGAGAAGUAUCCGUAUUUAUAGGCGUGUUCUUCGAACAAACCUGUUUUAGUGGUUUUUCGGGCAUUGCUAUUUGAUUCGAUUAUUAACAGUAUCAAUUAUCAUCGUGCUAAUGCUUAAAGUGAUAUUAUGGGCAUUUUGCACUGUUGAAUUGAGCUGAAAAGAAUUAACAGGUCAAAAUAGUUAGUUAAAAUGUGGUUACUGAUUAAUUAUCUGCAACUCACCUUGCUACCAGUUGUUUAUAAAAAUAUAUUUUAUAUUCGAUAUUCUUACGUGACCCACCCAGUCCUGUAAGCUGAAAUGAUCCGUAAAACAAUUUCGUGUCUUUGUGUCGUAUGAACAAAUCUGCACUAAAACUAAAUUUAGGUUCAACUCGUAAACGCAUGAUCAGUUGUCAAACGAAAGUACGGUUGAUAUUCAAAUGCAUUAUUUUUCUCUUUCUGGUAUAUUGUUUUAGUAUGAUGAUGCUGCAUUAAUUAAUAUAAGUGUAUAUGAAGUAGAAACAUCAAAAAUAAUCAACGGUUGCGAUAGACACCUAUAAACUGUUACAUGCUCAUAAUAUCACUUUAGUACAUUAAGCAAUAUGGACGAAUAAUUAUUGUUAAAUUUAUCAACAAUAAUAUUUAUCAUUGUAUUGUUGAAAACACAUUAAGAAUCUAUUAUUUACAUACCAUGAUUAUAUUGCUGAAUAUCUUCAUUUAACAUAUUUCUGGUCUAAAGAAAAUUCCAGGUCACCUAGUUCACGGAUAGCGUCUUUAUUAUAUAACGAUUAUUUUACUGGCCGCCAACUCCGGUGAUGACCUGUAUAUAAACUCUGAAUGUCCGCGAAUUGACCCGAUAUACCUCGCGGGUUGAAAUGCAAUGCUUUAAAGUGAGGCCUCGCUUCCAUUGCUCUUUAUACUUUUACAUGUUAACAUGUUGACAGGAAUAAGGAAGUAAGUACUAAAUAUGAGAACAUAGCCUUUUAAGUAUAAACGCUCUUGCGCUGGUAAUACUCUGAAAAUAAAAGGUGUACGCACAAACUGUAUUGAUGUCGAGAAUUGAGUGUAAAACUGUUCUAUCUAUUAAGCCUUUUCAUUCGAGAUAAAAUUGUUUCAUACAGUAAAACAGUGUUACAAAGACGCGGAUAUGUUUCCAAUGUUCUGGUGGUAUACUCAAAUCAGCCAAUGGAAUAAAUGAAGUGUAUUCAUUCGUACCUAGCCGCGGGAAAUUUUAUUGGAAUUUUAUUGGACACUUACAAAGGUCAGGCUAAGGUGAAAAGCUGGCUUAAUACAG